GUUGCUCGGUGCGUGCAGGAUUCCAGCAGUACCGGGGAGAUGUUGCACACGGUGAGGCCAGGCCUCCUCAGGCACUGCUCCAUGGGGUGUUUCCGCAGAUUCUACCACGGAGACAAAGUGGCCACUAUCGGGACCAAGCCGGACUCAAACACCCCUGUUUACCAGGAAAGCUAUGAAAGGAUGGAAGCACUAGUAACGGAACUCAAAGAGAGAUCUCAAAAGAUACGUUUUGGAGGAGGGGAUAAGGCCCGAGCACUUCAUACUUCAAGAGGGAAAUUGUUACCCAGAGAAAGAAUUGAUAGGCUUAUUGAUCCAGGAUCGGCCUUCCUGGAGUUUUCUCAGUUUGCUGGUUACCAGUUAUAUGGUAAUGAGGAGGUACCUGCUGGGGGCAUUAUUUCUGGUAUAGGACGAGUGUCUGGGGUAGAGUGUCUGAUUGUAGCCAAUGAUGCAACCGUGAAAGGUGGAUCUUAUUACCCAAUUACUGUGAAGAAACAUCUCAGAGCACAAGAAAUUGCAAUGCAGAAUCACCUCCCUUGUGUAUACUUAGUGGAUUCUGGAGGAGCAAAUCUCCCUCGACAAGCAGAAGUUUUUCCUGAUCGGGAUCACUUUGGGCGAAUUUUUUACAACCAAGCAAGAAUGUCUUCUCAAGGGAUAUCUCAGAUUGCAGUGGUUAUGGGAUCCUGUACAGCUGGUGGAGCUUAUGUCCCAGCUAUGGCUGAUGAAAGUAUAAUUGUGCGCAAACAAGGAACCAUUUUCCUGGGUGGCCCACCAUUGGUAAAAGCUGCAACUGGAGAAGAAGUGUCAGCAGAAGACCUGGGUGGGGCAGACCUUCACUGCAGGAAGUCUGGAGUGACAGAUCAUUAUGCUUUAGAUGAUACUCAUGCUCUUCAUCUUGCUCGGAAAACCGUGAGGAGCUUGAACUACAAGAAGACCUUAGAUGUGACUGUGGAGAAGCCAGAAGAUCCUCUUUUUCCUGCGGAUGAAUUAUAUGGAAUUGUCGGUGCUAACUUAAAAAAGAAUUUUGAUGUGCGAGAGGUCAUUGCUCGGGUUGUGGAUGGAAGCAAAUUUGAUGAAUUUAAGGCAUUAUAUGGAGAUACCCUAAUAACAGGGUUUGCCAGGAUAUACGGUUACCCAGUUGGUAUUAUUGGAAAUAAUGGAGUUCUUUUCUCAGAAUCUGCAAAAAAGGGGACCCACUUCAUUCAGCUUUGUUGUCAAAGAAAUAUACCUCUCAUUUUCUUGCAGAAUAUUACAGGUUUUAUGGUCGGCCGAGAUUAUGAAGCUGGAGGGAUAGCAAAGGAUGGAGCAAAGAUGGUGACUGCAGUGGCUUGUGCUAAUGUGCCCAAAAUAACUGUCAUCAUUGGAGGUUCUUAUGGGGCUGGAAACUACGGCAUGUGUGGCAGAGCUUACAGCCCUCGGUUCUUAUACAUGUGGCCAAACGCCCGCAUCUCUGUAAUGGGCGGUGAACAAGCCGCAACUGUAUUGGCUACAAUUGCAAAAGACCAGAAAGCAAGAGAAGGGAAACAGUUCUCUGAGCAGGAAGAAGCCGCUCUGAAGGAACCCAUCGUUAGGAGGUUUGAAGAAGAGGGGAAUCCGUAUUAUUCAAGUGCACGAUUGUGGGAUGAUGGAAUAAUUGAUCCUGCUGAUACCAGGUUGGUUCUGGGACUAAGUCUGAGCGCAGCUUUAAAUGCUCCGACGCAGAAAACACAAUUUGGAGUUUUCAGAAUGUGAUGAAGUUCUGAGUAUAAUGUCAACGUUGGAAUCAGGAGACCUCGGACAUCCCGAUCUAUUAAUAUAUCAUUGUAAAAUAAAAUCUUUUAUAUA